UGGCGACGCCGCGGCGAUCGACCAGCGGCACGACCCCGCGGCGGCGCGUCCGCGGGAGGACGCCCCCAGUGGUGCGGACGGCGUCGGGCGCGGUAAUGGCGACGGCGUCACCAACGCGUCGUGUGCGCAGGAGAGCGAUGCGGACGACUGCGUUUACUAUGGGGUGUUUGUGCCGCCCGACCUGUACGAUGCGUGCCAGCGUCCGGACGCUGUAUUCACAGACAAGGCUGCUGCAAUGAAUUUUGCCAAAUCGUUGAAAGGCUCGCGAUUCAAACGAUUUACAUCGAGGCAGGAUGCGCAAGCAUUUUCCGAAUUGGACGUCGAACUAAACCGGCCGGCAAUGGAAACGGACAAUGCGGAAGCAGGAGCAAGCGACCCUUCCGGAGAGCCCGUGAGCUGCUUCAAGGGACCAAAGACGCAGGAGCUGACCGUUCUGCGUAAGGCCAUCGAGCGAGGCGACGCCGACGCGUUCACCAGCCUCGUGUGGAGCAACCCCCGCUACCUCAUCGGUCCCAGCGGCUACACCCCCGUCAUCCUGCAGGAGGGCUUCAGGUACAACGCGCUGCACGUGGCGGCGAAGGCGCAGCAGCCGGCGAUGGCUCGGCUCAUCGUUGACACGAUCGAGGACGCGCGACUUUACCGGCUGCUCUACGACGACGACGACGACGACAGGGGGACGGACGACGUGACGGCGCGUCGCAUGAACCUCCUCGUCGACCUCUACCUGAACAUGCCGGACAAACCUGACAAAGGCUUCUGUGAGACGCCGCUGCACUUUGCUUGUAAGUUUGGUGCCAAGGAGAUCGUGGAGAUCCUUGCGAGUCAUCCAGCGACCGACCGCGGGCUGAGGAACAAGUUCAAUCAGACGCCAGCAGAUAUUAUCUGCCAGCGGGUUUCCAACCCAUCGUCAGCGCUGGUGAACGAGAUCAUGGAGUGUUUACAAGACAAGUACUACGUGUCCGUGCUGCGGUCGGACGACAACGAAGUCCUGCCGAUCAUCAGCGAGCCGUGGUCGCCCGCGCGACAGUGCGACCACCGCUCGGCAGACGACACCCGUCACACCCCGACGUCGCUGCUCCACGGCAGACGACAGUCGCAGCAGCGCAGCAGCCCCAUCUCUCCGAGCAUGAGCGUGCGCGCGUGUGCGGGGCCGAUGUCCGCCACGAAGGCAGAAGAGCUCCACCAGGCGUGGAAGUUUCCGCUCGUUCUCAGUCCGACUCGUGCCUAUAGCAGUGCAAAGAUACGUCGCGCCGACAACGACAAGGGUCUGGAGCGAAUCGGCAGGCGUCUGUCGCAUGAGAUGGCCGUGCCGUGGCGCGAGUACUGGAGCGCGUUCGACGACUACGCUGACCUCUCUACGCAGCCAGGCCUAGCCAAGCUCGAGCAGUUUCUACGGAAGCGCUUCGGCGAGGUGGCUGCGGCUGAGUUGGAGAAGAAGCAGGAGGAGGAGGCAGUGUGGGCAGAAGCCUGCGAAUUUCACCAGCAGGUGGAGUCACCGACGAUGCAGGACUUGGCCAGGCACUUUGAUACGUUGUCGCUGAAUUCUCCGCGGAGGGCAGAGGAUGCUCGCCAGGCGGCCGACCACGCGGAAUCGUCGCCGCGGUGCGACAGUCCGUCCGUCGGCAUCGACCUUCCGUCGUCGGUCGGCGGCCGCUACGAUAGAGCGCCCUCUGUGAGCAGCGACGAUGAGUCGGACGUGUACGUGACGCCGCCGCAGUCUCCGCGCGCCGGGGAGUCGCUGCCGCCGCCGCCGCCGCCGCCGCCGGACAUUGCAGCGUACAUCGGCGGGUCUGAGCCGAGCAAGGUCGACGUUGACGUGAUGAGGGCGCUGGAGGACGUGGAGGUCGAUCCCCGCUUCUACCCGCACACCGCCAGGUGGCGCCGGCUAGUCAUGGAGUUUCCCGAGCGCGAGCGAGAGCGGUGGAGGAGUCCCGCCGCGCCGAGGUACCGCCACCGGACUACCGCUCUCCCCGCCAGCUCUCUCGCGACGCCGCCCACUGUGGGACGAUCGCCCGUGAUGGCACAACCACGCCUCGCGGCGACGCCGGGUUGCGACACGGACGCCGCCGCCGCCGCCUCGACCUCGCCCGUGUCCUCGACGACAGGUGGCAGCACCAAACCCGUGCCGGUGAACUUGUUCACGAAGUUUCAGGACGCGGCGUGA